UAAAUGUGUAUCAUAAAUGGGCCUUUUGUAUAAAAGAGGUACGGCACCUUACCGACACCAUCCAGUAUCUCUACGGACUCUGGAACCACCAGUACUCCACCGUCGCUAGCUAGUGCAGUUCGUACGCCGUAUCACAAUGAAGUCUUUGGUGUUGUUGGGUUUGGCCACCCUGCUGGUCUUGAGUUCAGCGGCCAACGAGAAGGAGCAGUCGGCGGCCGACGAAGCGAAACCAGCGGUGCAGGGUGAGAAGCGCCACGAGAAGCGUGGGCUCUUCGAGCAUGACUUUGGUGGACACGACUUCGGUGGACACUCGUUCGGUGCCUACGAAUCGUACGGACAUGGACACCACCACAUCGAUCUGCAUCCGCACCACGAAAAGACGCUGACCGUCGUCAAGAAGGUCCCAGUACCAUACCCAGUGGAGAAGCACAUCCCGGUGCCAGUUGAGAAACAUGUUCCGGUCCCAGUCAAGGUUGGAGUGCCGAAGCCAUACCCGGUCUACAAGACCGUCCACUACCCGGUGAAGGAGAUCGUCAAGGUGCCAGUCCAUGUGCCAGCUCCGUACCCCGUUGAGAAGAAGGUCCCCUAUCCAGUCCAUGUUCCGUACGAUCGUCCCGUCCCGGUCAAGGUGUACGUCCCAGCUCCGUACCCGGUCGAGAAGAAGGUCCCGGUCCCAGUGAAGGUCCAUGUCCCGGCCCCGUACCCAGUUGAGAAGAAGAUCCCUUACCCAGUGAAGGUCCCGGUCCAUGUUGAGAAGCCGUACCCGGUCGAGAAGAUCGUCCACUACCCAGUCCACGUUCCGGUCGAUCGUCCAGUCCCGGUCCAUGUCGAGAAGCCCGUCCCAGUCCCAGUGGAGAAGCCAGUGCCGUAUGAGGUCAUCAAGAAGGUCCCAUACCCAGUCCAUGUCCCGUACGAUCGUCCAGUUCCGGUCCAUGUCGAGAAGCCCGUGCCAGUCCCGGUGAAGGUCCCAGUCCCGCAGCCCUACCCCGUGUACAAGCACAUCCCGGUCCCGGUCGAGAAGCACAUCCCAUACCCCGUGAAGGUCCCAGUCGAGCGUCCGAUCCCAUACACCGUCGAGAAGCACGUUCCGGUUGAGAUUGAGAAGCAUGUGCCGUACCCGGUCAAGGUGCCAGUUCAUGUGCCAGUCCACCAUCAUCACCACGAGGCCGAGGAGUACCACCACCACCACGAGGAGCUUGACCUGCACCACCAUCAUCACUAGAGAUUAAUCGUGUGUAGCAUUGUGAUAACCAUAGGAAUACGCUUCCAUUUUCCAUUUCUUUUUUCUCCUCCCCUCUUUUGUUGCUAAACGAAAUCCUUCUUCGACGACGACAACACCCAUCUAUCGCCGACGUAAUAGCUAAGUCCAAUCAUCCUCAGCCAAACACAGACACACACACACACUUCAGUCUACACACACCAACCAUCUAUGUGUAACGCAACAAUGUUUUCAUCCACUCAAAACGAGUGGCAUCGAAUCGAUCGAUUUCAGUUCGAUUGAUAAGUUUAAUGUUAGCGCGAUAUUCAAAACACACAAACACACCUGCAGCCUUAUCCCCCGUUCCUCCAAUACAGCACAGUAAACGAGAGCAACAAGCAGUCCGAGCCAUGAUGUGGUUGUUUGCAACAACGGUUUGGGCCCCGAGGGAGACAUAUCAUAAUUUUCUUAACAAAAUUCGAAGGACUUAAGGUCCAGAAUUGUUUGACGAACUUUGAGAUGUAGUAGCAGCAUCACACUGCCAUUCUACUCCCCCCGGGGGGGAAAAUCCGCACCCCCUGCAGCCCUGCAGGCAUUCCAGGCCCAUGACUGCGUUGACUUCGUUGAAGUCGUGUUUUGUUGUCGGACUCUUCUCCGUCCGAGCGAAGAUGGUGUUGAACUAUGGUAUAAUGAGCAUUACUUUACUAAUAUUGAAACCGAAGACAAACCAUGACAGUCGUGGCAGAUAACAGUGGCCAACAGAAAGAGAGAAAGAGAGAAAGAAAGAGAGAGAGCAAACCACAGAGAGAGAGUGACGAAGAGAAAUGAAAUAAAAUCA